AUCUCUAACUGUUUUAGUUGUGUAUCUAGAUGGCUGAAGGUGUUAAAUGAGUGUCUUGGUGUGUUCCAGUUUGUGUCGACGGGUCGUGACACGGCCUGUGUCAAGGUGCUAAGGGACAUCGAACCGGGAGAGGAGAUCUCCUGUUACUACGGCGAUGGAUUCUUCGGGGAGAACAACGAAUAUUGUGAAUGCUACACGUGUGAACGACGUCUCACUGGCGCGUUCAAAUCCAAGGCCGGGCUGCCGGCGGAGGCUCCGGUGAUCAACAGCACGUACGGGUUACGGGAGACGGACAAGCGUCUGAACCGGCUGAAGAAGAUGGAGGCAGGAGAGAGCAGCAGGAACUCCGACAGCCACUCUGUGGGCUCCCACACCGACAUAGACUCUCAGGACAUACCAAACACACACACAUCUGGAAGGAAAAGGACUUCCUCCAAUAUGAAGUUCAGCAGAACCAGAACUCAAAGCAGAUCGUCUCUUUCCAGAGCACUAACCUCUACCUCACCUUCUAAACAAAGUCACAGAAACACUGGCAGGAUACCAAAGAGACUCCGAUCCAAACCCGCCACGCCUUCGCUCUCCAAGGUCCGGUUGCGCAGUAGAUGCAGCAGGGGCAGCGGUUCGGAGCCCAAAGCGGCGGCGGCGGCCCGAGGGGAGGUGCUGGGUACCACCGGGCCUGGUCGCCUGGGUCUCCGGGAGCCGAGGACGUCGUCGCUGUGUAAGGCGGGCAUGUCGGUGAAGAAGGAGAAGGAUGCACAGGGACCGGUCCAGACAGCACUGGGCCAGCGGGGGUGUCUGACCCGCCAUGCGGCCAAGGAGAACAACACCCCGGCAGUCUGCGAGGACAGCCAGAGCCAGCCUUGCACUUACAGGACUCGCAGGUCCACCAGGACCCUGGUAAAGGUUCAGGACGCUGUAGCCGGGUCGGCUGGGGUUAAACUGGAGCCUGGGGGCCUGGAGGGCCACGGCACCGUCCCUGGAGGGGUGGAGAUUAAAACGGAGCCUGCUGACCUGGAGCAGUACCUGGGCCACGGGUUGGGCUCGGAGCUGGGCGGAGGUCUGGGUGCUGGCUACACGAGCAGAGGGGUCUGUACCAGACGCAGCCAGCUCACCCAGCUCCGGCCCGAACGGACGAUAAAGCGCGAGGACUCGUCGUACGGCGAGCUGUUCCCGCCGGUAGGGGUGGCCCCGGUGGCGUCCUCCCAACAACCCCGUCACCACCACAGUACUGCCGACACGGCAGACUGCGACAAGAUGCUGCUGGGCCUCUCUGUCCCAGAGCACCACUGGGACUACAAGGGGAGCGAAGCCCUCCGGAGGGAGCGAGGGGAGGACAGGGGGAGGGACAAGGGGAGGGAGAAAGGGCGUCGGCAUAAAGGGAAGGGAGGUUACCGGAGCCACAGGGGGGACAGAGCGCAGAGCAAAGGGAAGAAGAAACAGAGGAUCACGCGCUACGACGCCCAGCUGAUCCUGGAGAACAGCGGAGGGAUCCCCAAACUGACGCUCCGCCGGCGCAGAGACAGCAGCAGCAGCAAGACCAACGAGCCCAGCGAGCCAAUCAGCACGCAGCAGCAGGCUAGCAGCACCACCACGACGCCGCAGCCUACCGCCCAACCCCCGGUCAACUCCUCUUCGUCAUCCUCCUCCUCAUCAACGUCCAAGAUCAGCAUUAUGUUCAGGAAGGACCCGUCUCAGGACAGGGAGAAGGGCAGUUCCUGCAGCUCCUACCACGUGUCCAAGCUGAACGGGUUUGGGCCUCCCGGGCUCCACAGCACCAGCAGCUCCACCAAGCUGAAGAUCCAGCUGAAGAGGGAGGACGACGGACGGGCCCAGACGCACAGCGACAACAGGGGGGACACGGAGGGCUGCGGUCUGGGAGGCGGGGCCUUCGGCCUGGAAGCCAGGAAUGGUGGGAACCACGGAGGGCACAGGAUACAAAACAUUGUGGUAGAUGAGUCUUCAUCUGAUGAUGAUGAGGAGGAGGAAGAGGAGGAGGAUGACGACGAUGACUACUUUGACGAUGAGUUUGAGGACGAUUUCAUUCCACUCCCGCCGGCGAAGCGGUUGCGUCUCAUCGUGGGGAAAGACUCAAUAGACAUCGAUAUCUCAUCCCGGAGGAGAGAGGACCAGUCUCUGAGGCUAAACGCCUGAUAAAGCUCUCUGAAUGGAGGAGAGAGGACCAGUCUCUGAGGCUAAACGCCUGAUAAAGCUCUCUGAAUGGAGGAGAGAGGACCAGUCUCUGAGGCUAAACGCCUGAUAAAGCUCUCUGAAUGGAGGAGAGAGGACCAGUCUCUGAGGCUAAACGCCUGAUAAAGCUCUCUGAAUGGAGGAGAGAGGACCAGUCUCUGAGGCUAAACGCCUGAUAAAGCUCUCUGAAUGGAGGAGAGAGGACCAGUCUCUGAGGCUAAACGCCUGAUAAGCUCUCUGAAUGGAGUUCAUAACUGCGUCCCAAAUGUCAAACUGUUCCCUGUGCAGUGCACUACUUUGUAUGUGGUAAAUAGCAGGACACUAGUUAGGGAAUAGGGUGUCAUUUUGGGACGCAGUCCAUCACUCCACCUUUACAUGUACAGAAAACACUUGACUCACUAAUCAACUGUUGUGUUGAUGAUGUUUAAAUAAGUACAGUCAUUAAAAUUUAAAUUUAAAACUUAAAAAGUUGCAAAAAAAACCGAAGCGAAUCAGAAGGAAGAUGUUUGUAUAAAUGAAAAGUGAAUGCACUUCUGUCAUGAUUAAUAUUCAUAAUGUACUUGAAUAUUGUAGAAGGUGUACAGAUAUUAUGAUGACUAUCCUCUGUCCCACAGACAGACUUUAUUGAACUUUUUAUUUUACAUUUUGUCUCACAGUACGCAAUUCUAAACUCUGUUGGCAAACCAGACUUUUUAUUUUUUAUUUUAUUUUUAAUUUAGUUUUUGUAAAAACCCCAUAUGGGGAUAUGGGUCCAGUAACGUUCUGAUCGAGAUCCAUCCGUUCAGUUGUAGUAAUAAUGACAGCUUUCUAUAACCGUUCAACUCAUGAAUGAACUCAGUCCCACCAACACACUGGGUUCUAUCAGCUGCUCAUCGGGGUUGAGCUACAUUCCAAUUCCGGAAACAAACAGGAAUUCCGAAUUGGAAUUGGAAUCUCAGUUUGCUUCCUUGUCUGAAUUGAAAUGGAAUUGAGUCCAACCCUGCUCCUCCUGUCCUCCUGGCUGUGUUUUUUGUUAUUCUCUAAGAGAACGUUGACCCUGGCUGCAAUAUCCCAAUGUGUUUUAAAGCUCACACAGUACUGUUUACAGCAUGAUGGGUAAAUGGGUCAUUGACAAGCCAACAAAUAGACCAAUAUUUUGGUAAUUUUUAAGCUUCAUUUCUGAUUUCUGGAGCCUCUGAUUUGGUUUUGACUAGAUCGUAUACAGCUACGGACAGAAUUAACUUCCUAGCAGGUUAGGAGAAUUAGGUUAAAGGUUAGGAAAAGGGUUGGAGUUAGCUGAAAUGCUAAUAUUCUACCCGACUCCAACGUGCAACGUUUAAUAUUUUUGCUGUAUACCAGGGGUGUCAAACUCAUUCCAUGGAGGGCCAAAGUGUCUGCUGUUUUUGUUGGUUGUUCCUUUAAGACCUCGACAACCAGGUGAGGGGAGUUCCUCACUAAUUAGGUGACCUUGAUUCAUCAAUCGAGUACAAGUGGAGGAGCGAAAACCUGCAUACACUUUAGCCCUCCGUAGAACACAAGCUGUAUACCGUCUAGCCACAAGAGGGGUGGUUUAACGUUUGAAACACUAAUCAGUUAAAUGAAUACACGGCGUGUACGCUUGUGUGCUGUUUUUAAACACGCCAUCAGGAAGUAACACGAAGAAGACCAGAAGUCAGGUUACAGAAAGACUGAAUCAUGUUCUGGAAAACGAGUUCAAACUCACUCUAGAGUAUUUAGUAGUUGUUGUUUUUCUCAGAUCCAAAUCAGACAUAAUGAACACAUGACAACUUCAUAGAAUAUUAUCCCCAACGAAAUAGUUAUUUUCACAAACAGUAUUAGGUGCCUUACAAACAACUCUUGGGGUAUCUGUUGAAGGCCUAGUUUUUUAGAAAAAAUGAUUAUCAGAAGGUGAAGAACUGUAGGUCGUCCCUCGGUAACUGUAACUAUGGGAACCCCCCCCGCCCAGUCUUUCUGUAUAGUCUUUCUAUUUGAGUUAUUUUAGGGCUGGUUUCCCAGACAUAUUCAGACUAGCCUCGAACUACCAAGCUAUUCUCCAUCGACCGUGGUUUUUUAAAGUCUUUAAUCCUUGUCUGGGAAACCAGUCUUUUUAGUGUGGAAGUACUGAACUGCCAAAUUUAAUCAAGGGAUCAACUGAGAUGAAUGUUAACUCUACUUUCUGUUGUCCUGUACUGUUCAUAUCACCAGCAAGCAGCGAAUCACAGUGAUAAACAAGGGUUGUGUUCAUGUAGGCACAAAAAGAGGAGGGGCUUCACUGAAAUGGGAGGGGGCUUCCUUGACUUGUCCAAUAAGAAAUUGUCUCUUUUUUUUUUCUGUUGCAAAACAUUUUCUGUUGUGUGCCCUAAUGAACACAACCCUGGCUAUUCGUGUACCUCCCCCUGUAUGGGCGUCAGUCACUCUCCAUUCUGUACUGUACUGUCCAGGUGUUACUGUGUGAUCUUAUGUUCAAUAGCCAGCUGUCGACAUUUCUGAUUGGAUGAAAUUCAAUAACAACAAACAAACAAACAAAUGAAAGAAAGAAAUGUGAAUCGUUUGCAGACAUUUUUUGUGUUGCGUUGGUUUAGUGGGGGAAAACACACUUAAAACAGACCUUUAAACCGGAGCAGUGCUUUUAUGUCCAGUAUGUAAAAACAAAAAUCACGUGAACACACCCCUGUACUUAUUUAACCGUUUUGGAAUACUUGAAAACAUAAAGUUUCUUUGUGAGAAUAAACUAUUUUUCUGUG